AUGCCGGCAGAGAGGUAAGUCCAAAAUUUCGAGAAAGGCGCGUAAUUUGCGUUGACGGGCGAUGAUAAUACCGUGACAAGUUCGGAGAUGGUGGUGGAUAUCGAUGGUGGCCAGUUAUACUUGUACACUCGUGCAAGCAUACUGUUGGGACGUGGGAAAGCGGCAACCCGGCAUCAACGCAUACCACGACCAUCCAAGCGUAUUCAAACGGCCACUCGUCGUUCCCUCUUAUGACCACCGACAGACGUUCAUCUUGUCUUUGGAGGUUCCUCAACGAGCUCUGUGUCGCACACUCAAGCCACGAUCUCCGUUUCCCUACAAAGUGAGCGCGCGCUUGGAAGGAAAGGAGGUAGAAAUGUCAGGAUUCUGGGGCUCGUUGGCGCGUAAUCCCAGAAUGGAAUUCUGGUCUGGCAAGUCCUCGAGGUUACAUGAUCGCAUCAGAUACGUCCGACCAGAAGACGGGAAAUGGAGGGUUGAUUUGUUUGGCGCCUUAGACUCGCGAUUGGUUGUAACAGCACGAGCUCUGUACCCGAUUCUGAUCUCAUCUUUUUUUGUUGGGCGUCGUGGAGGAGCCCGUACCCUAGUAUUUACUUCUGACCAUAGGUGCGCGCUGCUUUCAAUUCAGCCUAUCCCGUACUGGCGGUAGAGUUUGGG